AUGUCUUGGCCCGACCGGCGUGGUGUUCCACCCCGUCCGCCUGAAGUUUCCAGCCGCAAUAUUGCAAGGGGGUGUGGGAUAUUCACAAUUGGCUUCCCAGAGAAGAAAGCAAGCGCCCAUGCCAUGACCCUCGAUGCCAGCUCUGAAGACGACGUGGGCGGCCAAUGGGAGAGAGACAAGCAGCACCAACUGAUAAUCAUGAGUCACGCGACAGGUUCCUAUGCCGGCACAGCUCAGCUUCGGCAACUCCCAUUCGUCCAGGGAGUCGUCAGGACAGACAGGGAGUUGGCCUGGAGGCUCUGGAACCAGCCGACCAUGGUGUGUCUGGACCCCUCCCGGCGGGAGGCGAUCGAGCGAUAUCAAAUUCGUCCCCGUCUCACGGCGCCGGCCAUGGCGAGGGUGCGCUCGAUAUCAUGA